GAUGCUGCUCUUGGCAUGCGGCUCAACUUGUUAGCUUGAGGAUUUAGCGCCUCGCUCAUUCUUCUGGGGCGCACAACGCACGGGCGAGGUGAUCUCGUACCAACUUCCCUUAUCGCCAUGGCUUCAGACGAUGAGGGAGGCUUGGACCUCUUCCAGGAGCCUGCUGACUAUUUCAAGCCAGAGAAGGAGGCGACUUUCGCUACGCACAAGCUGUUAUCAGGCAGAGAAUUUACUGUGCGAUUGGUCGGUCAUAAUCCGCUGUGGGGGCACUUUCUCUGGAACGCUGGUCGAACGAUAUCGGCUCAUCUGGAAGAGCAUGCAGGUGAACUGGUGCAGGGGAAGUCAGUGCUCGAACUCGGUGCGGGGGCUGGACUUCCCAGCCUUGUCUGCGCCAUCAAUGGAGCCUCGCAAGUGGUCGUAACGGACUACCCCGAUGCUGAAUUAAUUGAGAAUCUCCGGUACAACAUUGAUCAUUGUGAUCUGUUGCCUACGCCAAGGAAGAUUGCUGCAGAGGGCUAUCUAUGGGGUGCAUCGACGGAGACUGUGACAAGUCAUCUGACCAGCGAUGCCGCCUUCGACGUGCUCAUCCUCGCAGAUCUUCUGUUCAACCACUCCGAGCACGCGAAACUCCUCAAGACAGUGGAACUGACCCUGAAGAAGGCACCGGGGUCAAAAGCCUACGUGUUCUUUACGCCGUACCGACCCUGGCUACUCGAGAAGGACCUCGCGUUCUUCGACUUGGCCUGUGAGGCUGGCUUUACUGUCGUCAAGACUCUGGAAAAAGUCAUGGACAAGGUGAUGUUCGAGGAAGACCCGGGCGAUGAGCUUCUUCGCCGCACAGUGUACGGGUACGAGCUCACGUGGUCAACUUGAGGCGAUACCAAGAGCAAGAGCAAGAGCAGACGAGAUCGAAUCGAUAACCGAAGUCAGACUGACGCUGGGGUGAUUUGUGCUGUUUCGCCAAGAGCACCUUUCUCCACGUGCAAGCGUUGAAUAUGGCCGAGAAGCUCUAUCGUUCGUUGUGGGGAAUAUCGCCGCCGACGAAUGUACGGAAACCGAGGACUUAGAG